AUGGACCAUGCGAUGAUGCAUCACGACAUGGCUGGGAUGGACGGGCAUGCGGGGCACGAUAUGAGUAUGCACGAGGUGCAUCAAGGCCAUGGAUCGAUGGAUAUGUGUCGCAUGGCGAUGGUGUGGAAUACGGAUACGAAAGGCAUGUGCGUGGUGUUCAAGUCUUGGCAUGUGAGGACGGAGCGGCAGAUGCUGGUGUCGUGUGUGCUUGUGUGCCUCUUCGCGUUUGCGUACGAGUGGCUGAAGCUGGCGUUGCGGCGAGUGGACGAGGCGGUGGCGCAUACGGAGGCGGCGCACAACGGCACGCUGCUGUACCGUGCGAGUGAUGAUGUUCCGAUGCGGACGCGCUCAGGGCCGCGGCGUGUGAUGCCCCUAGUGCACGAUGAUGCGCUCGAGGGCGAUGUGAGCAAGCAUUCUGUGAUCCUGCGAGUGAUGCCGCGUACACUACAGACGCCGGCGCGACUACGAAUGGUAUCCACGGUUUUGUAUGGCGCCCAAGUGUCGUUGUCCUGUUUCCUGAUGCUGGUCAUGAUGACGUACAAUGCAUGGCUGCUGGGUGCUCUUGUGAUCGGUGCGAUGAUCGGUGCAUCGUACACGCGCCAUGUGCGGACGGCCGUCGGCGAGAGUGGCGCCGUGUGUCACUAG